GUGCCGUAUGCCGUAGCGUGGCGUCUACGGAUUCGCAGUUUGCCGGUGUAUUAUUAUUAUUUGUGCUCGAUUAUUAUCACUGAUUCUCGACUGUUUUUGUUCACCAAAUUUUGAUUAAAAACAUUUCUACGUAGAGUCAGUUAAGGAAAAAAGACAAUCGAAAGAAAAAAAUAGCACAAUGAAUAAUACAACUAUUACUGAUCAGUCCCUAAUGGACAAGUCAAUGCGUAGUGUAUUUGUUGGAAACAUUCCGUAUGAGGCUACAGAGGAAAAUUUAAAAGACAUAUUCAGUGAAGUCGGUCCAGUUUUGUCAUUCAAAUUGGUUUUCGAUCGGGAAACCGGCAAACCAAAAGGCUAUGGAUUCUGCGAGUACAAGGAUCAGGAAACGGCUCUCAGUGCCAUGCGAAAUCUCAAUGGAUAUGAAAUCGGUGGCAGAACUCUUCGUGUCGACAAUGCUUGUACUGAGAAAAGUCGAAUGGAAAUGCAAAGUCUUUUGCAAGGGCAGAACACAGAAAAUCCAUACGGGGAAGUCGUGCAGGCUGAUAAAGCUCCAGAAGCUAUAAGCAAGGCAGUAGCUUCAUUGCCACCAGAGCAAAUGUUUGCAUUGAUGAAACAAAUGAAACUUUGCGUUCAAAAUAAUCCGAACGAGGCUCGACAAAUGUUACUGCAAAAUCCUCAGCUCGCUUAUGCAUUGCUUCAGGCUCAAGUCGUUAUGAGAAUUGUAGAUCCUCACACUGCAGUGAGCAUGCUACAUAAAGCAAAUCCAAUACCUGGUCUCCUGGUGCCAUCUGAAAAGCCGACCACUCAUGGAUUGCCAACUCGAAUCGAAGAGCCUUGGACUGCAGCUAGACCAACUGCAACAAAUGUCCCACCUCCACCUAUAUUUGCUGGUCAAGACGUGGAUCUCCGAACACUAGACAGACAAAUGGACCCGCGAUUAGCGAGGAUGGAUCAAGAUCUUCGAGGUCCUCCUCCAAUACAGCCUGCAGCAGUUAGCGUUCCACCCCCAGUUCCACCUGUUGUUGGAACUGCUGGUCCUUUUAACUUGCCUGAAAACACUCUUCCUGUGGAAGGAUCUGAGAGCUUCGCUCGGGAUCCACGUUCCGAUAGAUUUGCCAGAGAUCCAAGAGAUCCCCGUGAAUCGAGGGCUGCCGUUGAUCCAAGAAUGAACAAAGCAGCUGCACCAGCUUCAGUGCCUCCAGUAUCAGCACCACGACCUGUAGCUCCACCGGCUGUACCGGCCGCAGCGGCGAGUACUGGAAGUGCGGCAACAACCGCGAGUGUCUUAGCUGCGUCAAACAGUACAGCGACUUCGAGACUAAUGGCAGGAAUGUCACCAGCCGGUAGCAUUCCAAGCGGCGCGUCUGAUCAGGAAAAGGCCGCUCUCAUAAUGCAAGUAUUGCAGUUAUCAGACGAACAGAUAGCCAUGUUACCACCGGAACAACGCCAGAGUAUAUUAGUCCUAAAAGAACAAAUAGCCAAAAGCACACAGCGCUAAUGGAUGCAGAUGCCAAAGCCUGCAUAAGAAAAAUGGAGGAGGUUCCAAGCUGAACACGUUAAGCGAAGGGAAUUAUGAUUUAGCGAAUAAUUUUUCGGUACUCUGUUCGUUUGAUAUUUUACACUGGAAGAAGGAAAAUAAAAAAAGUUGAAAAUCUGUAUAAUCUACAACUCAAGAAAUACACUUUUUUAAUGGA